UAGACUGACCCGCCGGCGGCGGCUGCGCUGCCUGACCCACAUUGCCGGCGUAGCUCCACUUUCCUCGCAACUGGCAGUGCCUCGGCGAAAGAGCCGCGUGCGGCGGCAGCGCGGGCUCCUCCGCGCCGGGGAGUGCAGUGCGGCGGCGGCGGCCAGCAUGAGGCUGAAGGCGUGCAGCAUGAACAGCGGCAGGUGCCAGUCGCAAUCUGUGUAGCCGCAGGCGGUCAGCCUGACGGAAGCCAUGAAUCUUCCCAGCAUACUCUUCGUCCUACUAACGGCAGGGAGGCUGGCGGUCGGCACCGGGCUCAAUUGUUCAGCCGGCACGAGCCGCUUCGGCAAGUCGAUGCGCCGCGUGCAGCCGCCGCUGUCCUGCCAGGGCUCGCCGAACAUGCCCAGCCCGACCUGGUGCGACGAGCCGGGCCGCGACUACACCUGGCAGGAGAUCCAGGAGUACCUGCGCAGAUCCAGCGCGGGCGGCCAGCAACUCAAGGAGCAUCUGGUGAAGCUGCACCACAAGAGCACCAACCAGUUGGCGAAGCGGCCCCUGUUCCAUGACGGCGGCGCACCGAAGAUCCGGGCAGAGGUGCGCACCGGCGAGGACGUGCUGGCCGAGAUCACCGCCGGCGAGGAGAUCCUCGCCGACGCACUCGCCGCCGAGCUGGAGGACUGGCCACGCGAGGAGCCGUCGGCGGAGGACUGGCGGCAGGAGGAGCAGGAGGACUGGACGCGCGAGGAGCCGUCGGCGGAGGACUGGCGGCAGGAGGAGCAGGAGGACUGGACGCGCGAGGGACCGGCCGCCGGAGGUGCAGGCGUGAUGGAGACCGUGUACACGGACGUCAUCUACCGGCCGGAGCAGGAGGCGGUGGGUCGGCCUGCCGCGCCUCCGUCGAGAUCCGCUCGCCGUUUCUACGCCAUGAACACGCAGCACAUCUGGAAGAUGCUCAUCAACAUGCCGCCCUUCGAGACCUACAUCCACAUGGAGCACUGCGUGGAGAAGUUCGAGCAGGGCCGGUGCGCGGCCGGCUGCCGAUGCACCCAGCGCUACACCGUCCGCACCAUGCCCGUCUACGAGCGCGACGCCAACGACUGCGAUCUCAUCUACAUGGAUAAGUUUCUGUUCCCCUCGCACUGCGACUGCAUGUGCCUCCCAACGCCGUACGUGCUGUUUAAUAUCACACGGCCGCCAGCGACGAGCCCGACACCCAACGACGUGCCACCGAGCUCCACCUUCGCGCCGCCGCGCACAGAUGGCGCUAGCGUGACCCCGGUGCCAGUGAUGUCUAGCGGCGGGGAAGCGAACUCUACUCUGCCGGAGACCAUAACAGAUGUCGACAGGAUCGAGGCGCUCAAGGCGAGCUUGUCUGGCGCGCGAGUGGUGACAGCCGCUCCCACGUCGCCGCCCUCGUCUCGCCGAGCGCCGGGCUUGAAACACCCGCCCACGGUGCCCUCCCGUCGUCCGAUCGUGCCUGCCGAGGCUCUGGUGACAACCCACCGGAACCGGAACCGCGGACCGCCGCCGUUCGGGCCCCCGUACCCGCCGCUGCGCCGCUACUCGUCUCGGCCCUGA